AAAUUUGUUUUGUUUUUCGAACUCCCAUGAGCUGGCAACGCCACUGCUUUGUUGCAACACGUGUAGUGAUUAGAAUUUUUUGGUUUUAUUGAUACGAUUCAUAUUUAAGAAUAUUCGGGCAAUAUGGGCAAGCCGAAAAAGGCCAAUGUGGCGACGAUCAAGAAUGUGAACCUGGAGAAACAGAUCACCGACGGCAAGGUGGCCAAAAACAAGACCAAAGAUAAAGUCAAACUAAGGGCCGAGGAAUCAGCGAAUAUUGAUGCCAGGAGCAGCCAGAAGAUUCUGGCGGCGGCCAAGUUGCAACAGUUGGAACUGGACGAGGAGAACUUUCCUAGUUUGGUGACCGUUAAGAAAGUCAACUUCAACUUGAACGAUGGCAAGGCCAAGGAGGAUGAGGAGGUCAAUGAGACUGACUUCAUGGCCGACCUGGACAUGGACGACGACGAUGUGGCCGCCUUCGAGCGCUUCCAGCAGCCGGCGCAGGAGGGCAAGCGCACCCUGCACCUCUCCAAGAUGAUCAUGCAGAAGAUCCAGGAGAAGGAGGCCGACAUUCACACCAAGAUCUCCGAUGAGGGCUCCCUGAAGAUUGAGGAGAUCGACCCGAAGGUGAAGGAGAUGUACGAGGGUGUGCGGGAUGUGUUGAAACGCUAUCGCAGUGGCAAGAUUCCCAAGGCCUUCAAGAUUAUACCCAAGUUGCGCAACUGGGAGCAGAUCCUGUUCAUCACAGAGCCUCAUAAUUGGAGCGCUGCCGCCAUGUUCCAGGGCACAAGGAUUUUCUGCUCGGUGCUGUCGCAAGCGAUGGCCCAGAGAUUCUACAAUCUGGUGCUGCUUCCACGCGUUCGCGACGACCUCUGCGAAUACAAGAAGCUAAAUAUGCAUCUAUAUAAUGCUUUAAAGAGGGCUCUUUUCAAGCCGGCGGCUUUUAUGAAGGGCAUCAUUCUGCCCCUCCUGGAGGCUGGCGAUUGUACGCUGCGCGAGGCUAUCAUCUUCGGCAGCGUGGUGGCGCGCAGCUCCAUUCCCGUCCUGCACUCCUCCGCCUGCCUGCUGAAGAUCUGCGAGAUGGCCUACUCGGGCGCAAACUCCAUCUUCAUUCGCUACUUCCUGGACAAGCGUUAUGCGCUGCCCUAUCGCGUCGUGGAUGCCGCCGUCUUUCACUUUCUCAGAUUCGAGAACGACAAGCGGGAGCUGCCAGUGCUAUGGCACCAGAGUCUGCUCACCUUUGCCCAGCGCUACAAGAACGAUAUAUCCUCCGAGCAGAGGGAUGCACUGCUCCAGCUCCUCAAGAAGAAGAGCCAUUUCAAGAUCACAGCCGAUGUGAGGAGGGAGCUGCAGGCGGCCACUUGCCGCGAUGUGGAGAUGAUGGAGACGGAUAAUGGUCUGGCUGGGCAGCCAAGCAAGCUGUACACGGAUGCCGACGUGGAAUACGACGGCUGAGUCGGGAUUAACUUAGGAUUAAAUUAAUAUGAUAUUGUUUUACUAUUUAAUAACGCGAACAACAGUUCGUUUAGACUUUAUAUAUGUAAAUAUACCUACAUAUGCAGUGAAAAUCAAA